UAGAAGGCGUUAAAAUAAACAACUCGCGCGGCAGAUUAUGAUCUUUGUGUUCAUCGGGUAAUAUUUUGAAUUGAAGAUAAAGAUUGCAUUACAUUUAUUCAAAGAAAAUGUAGCGCGGGUCCCAACCAAAGUGACUCCCACUGCUUCAUCGUCAUGCGCUUCGCUUUCUGCUGUUUAUCGACUUGGUCGUCUCGGAAUAGGGGUUAUUGAUCUCUUAUGUCAGGAAAAUGAAGACCUAUCCCCUGUUUGAAACUAUGACCUUACAUUGUGACUCAGGCAGCCGUCACGAUUUCCCACGGCUCGCCCGAGAAUCUGGUUUCUCUUUCAACUUGUAUCGUGGAAGAGUGGAUUGGACAAAAAUUGGAUCCAUUGAUGUUGACAAAAUUGUGAGAGAAAGAGAUUUGGAAACCUUGCAAGAUGCUUUAUCCUCUGUAAUGUCUUGCAGUUUAAAUAGUGAAUAUGAUCUCAAAGUGUUAGAUCCAAACUUUGUAAAAAUUUUCCAACUGGCCCAACUGGGUGCUGACUUUCUUCUUUAUUGCCGUAAUUAUUUAGACCAUUGUGUGACAGUAAUGCAAGAACAACUGAGGGUAGCGUUGCAAGAAAUAGAAUAUUUACAAAAAUUGAAACAACAGAAUACAGAAGAAUUAAGUGCUCUUCAGAAAAGGUUGAAGGCAAGGACAAAAUGUAAUAAGUCUCCAACACCCUGUUUUAAGUGCCCAGGAUGUGACAAGGCUUUUGUUGGGGAACAGUAUCUCUUAGCACACCAACAAAGACGUCACCCAGGAUCAAUAGGGUCCGAAUCAAUCCUUAACAUCCAAAGUAAGGAAGUUGAAAGUUUGCGGCAGCAAGUUCAAGAUCUGCAGGAUCGUCUCCAUGCUACAGAAGAUGCCCUAAGCCGAAAGCAAGACCCAAUCAUUCCAGAUGUGAAUGCUCUUCAAACUAUGCUGCAAAAUGAAUUGCAGAAAAUGAAAACUGCUCCUAACACCCUGAGCUCGAUGGCAGAUCCUAUUCGCACGGAAUACAUCCCACCUCAACAGACCCAGACAUUAGCAGCCACUCCAGAAAAAAUAGAAAUUACUGAGAAAAGUCUUACAUCCAAUAAUUCGGCUAAAGCUGAAAAUGAAACCAACAACAAUUUACCCCCUGUGUCUCAGCCAAGCCAAAAUCCAAUGCCGAAGCAGGACCCGGUACAAUCAACACUUCUGAUUAGUGUGGAGCAGCAAAGCAAUGAAAUAAGGGAGCUGAGAGAACAGCUGAAGAUUCAAAACCAAGCUCAUGAGUUAGCCAUGCAGAGGAAACUUGAAGAGCUUCAAAGUCAGCAUCAAACUGAUCUUGAUAAUCUUAAAAAAUCGAUCUUACACAACAGAGGGUCUGGUGAUCAUUUAAGCACACCAUCUGCUGUAGUGGGUAGUGUCUCCUUGACUAGUCCACAACACUCAUUGCUGCAAGGAAAUGAAAUACCUCAGGCUUGGGAUAGAACUGGAGGCAAAACUGGAAGUGUUUCUCAUGGGGGAAGAGCACCUUCCGUAGGUGCACUCUCAGUAGGAGUACCCUCUCAAGGUGCACCCUCUGUAGAAAUUAAGGAUCUUCAUAUUAAGAGCACUAAAGUCACAUCAACCAAUGAGAAAGACACUAGGCCAUCAAAAACUAAAGAAGAGCCUGUCAUUCGGGAGGAAUAUGUGUCUCCAGCAGAGCAGGACUAUUCUGACUCAUCUUCACAGACUUCCUCCUUGGGUUCAGAAGGCCUUUCCCAAGUCAGACAGAAACAAAUGGUUAUCCAAACCACUCCUUCCCCAGAUAACACAAAAGACUUAAAAACACAAGAGACAUCAACAAACAUAAAAUCAAUGUAUGCUAAGCCAAGCAGCUCUAACAGUACUUCUGCAAGUGAAACUGGCAGUAGUUCAUAUGAUUCUGAGAGCCAGUCGUCAAAUAGUGAUCAAGAACCUUCUCCCAAAGAAAGAGAGACAAGAGUACAACUAACACCGCAACUAUUGAAUGGACUGAGGGAAGAUUUAUUGGGCCUUUUGAACCGGAGGUUAAGAGAGUUGGGUGUUGAUCCAGAAUGGGAUAAACUUCCAGUUGCUUCAUUCCAUUCAAAUAUGGCAACUGUAAAGCAUCAUCAAAAUAUUGCUGCCAAGUCUCAAAAGAAUUACUUUGGCAUCCAGGAAGCACUUUCUAAAGAAGUUGACAAACGUGUUGCUGAACGUUUGAAGGCCCAACAGUCAAUCGCCAGUUCUUCAAGGACAAAAGAAAAGCGAGGAUCUGGUUCAUUCUCAAUAUUUGCUCGCAUAAAAUCACAUGUGAAAAGUCGACUAUCUCCAGGACGCCCUUCACAUGCCUCAAAACACCCCAUCAAAUCAAGUGCUAAGACAGGAGAGCUCGUUGAAAAUGUGUACUCUCAGGAGCCUACUGCCUCACAUUCUAAAGCAACAAAUGAUUAUGAAUUGCUCCCAGAAAAGUUAAGAGAGUCAGUAGGUGCUGUGGAAUCAUCCAAUCUUAUAGUGUCUGAAAAGAAUGAUUCAGACAGCAGCCUUCCACAACAUGCUGACACCAUUUCCAAAUCUGCUGCCUCUUUAGCAGAUAUAAUUCAUGAUGAUUCAGAUGAAAAAGAAUUACCGGGUGUUGGCAAAACAAAUGUGCAAGUUUAUGGUAGAUCAAUGUAUGCCAAUCUGGAGAAGUCAGACAUAGAAGUUCAUAAGAGAGACCCUGAUGUAGCUGUGAACAAACCUGGUCAUUUGAAAACCUCAACACCAAUCAAGACUAAUUCAAUGGCUAAGCCGGGUACAGGAAAAAUGACUUUUAUCUCAUCAGAUGUUGAAUCAAUAUCAGAAGUUGAAUCUGACUUGCGAGAUAUAAUGGAAAAUACAAGUGAAAAACCAAGUGAUGCUCCCAAGACCCGCCCACACACAACUCUUACAACUGCUGAGCUACUUGCUAAUGUUGCUAAAUUUCGUAAAAGCACGAGCCAACUUUCAUCUCAGUCAGUUGUGAAAAGCAAUCUCAAAUCAUCUCUGUCAACAGGGAACAUAGCAAAGAAGAAAGUAGUUUUCAGAGAUGAAAAGGAUGGUUUUGACACCAUUGAGCUUGGCCCUGCACAUAGUUCCUAUGAAUCCCUCACAGCACAUCGUUCAAAUAGCGAAAAUAGUCUGGUGCAGACUUUUAGCAGUUCACUUUAUAGUAACAAACCAGUGCCUCAGCCAAGGAGCAAUCUGUUAACAUCUGCAACAAGUGCAGCUAACUCAGACAGUGAUGAUGACUGGGACUGGGAUAAAGAUAGUUCGGACACGCUAACAAUGAAGAAAUCAGAAGGUGAUCCAACGCCUGCCAAACGAGAGCUUAGUUUUGGUGACACCAAGACAUCUGAGUUAACAUCAGUUUCACUGAAUGAUGAUAAGGAAAUAGAUGCAGGCCCUUCGGGAAUCAGAAGGGUUUCAGACCUUGUAAAAGACAUUGAAAAAAAUUUACAGAAUCCUAAAGAUAAGCCCCUCUUUGGUAUCAAUGUUCUCGGACAUAGACCAUCAGAAUUACCCAGCUUCCGAAACAACUCUUCUAGCAGCAAUCUUACUCUUGGAAACCUGUCCAUGGGAAGUUUCAAAGGAGACAGAUUGUCUGACCUUCUACUAGACGAUAUUAGCAGUGGUUAAGUGAGCACAAUGGUAUUCUUUUGAUAUGAAUUAUCAAAAUAUUUAAAUUGGUGACUCUCAGAGCUUAGAGCCCCUGCUUAAUUGGGCUGGGUAGUCAGUCCCUUUUCAAAGACAGAGUGAACCUUUAUUUUUCACUAAAGAAAUGUUUAUUUUUAGACAAAAACUAAAACAUAUUUUUUAUAAAAUUUGCGAUGUAAAAGAUAAUUAUUUGUUUUCAUUGUGUGUUGUGAUUGUUAGACCUCAAUAAUCUAUUUUUUCUAUGUAUGAAUUGUUUAUAUUUUAAGAUAAUUGCUAAGCAAAUUGUUGUUACUUUUGUGGUUGCGCACGAAUACCUGAAAGGGGAAAAUAGGAUGUUUGUUCACUUUUUAGUCAAAGAUUUGUGGCGAACCUCUGUGUUAUAUGAAUGGGGCACCAAAUAAUGAAAAGUAUUUACUUAAGCUUACCAAAGUUUUGCACCAAAUGUAAUGAUUUGAAAACAAAUAAAAUGCAUUCAUAAAA